AUGCUGUCCUACUUGUACACUUACCUGACGAACCUGCCCCGGUGGCAUCUGGUAGCAAUAGUUCUCGUAGGCUAUCUCAUCUACUACCUGAUGGAAGUGGUCAAGCGCCCUAUUCUUGCCGUCUCGAAUGGACCGUUCAAGAAGUACCUCCGCAAACACAUCCCGACGCUGGAGAACAAAUUUUGGCCCACGUUCUGGUGUGUGGAAAGUCGUGCGCAGACCGUGUUUGCCAGCAUCAUCCGCUCGAACAUUAUGCCGCUGGUCGAGUAUAGGCGCGAGGUGCUAACGCUGAAGGACGGCGGCCAGGUGGCGCUUGACUGGCUGGAGACGGGCUGUGAUCCGGAGGCACCGAUCAUCAUCAUACUGCCCGGGCUGACCGGUGAAUCGCAAGCCGAGUACAUCAAGUGCCUGGUGACGGCCGCCAACCGCAUCGGCAUCCGGACGGUAGUGUUCACCAACCGUGGGCUCGGCGGUGUCGCACUGAAGACGCCCCGGCUCUACUGUGCGUCGAACUGUGAGGAUCUGGCCGAGGUGGUGAAGUACGUGAAGCAGGCGCACCCGCACGUACGGAUCGGUGCGACCGGUAUCUCGAUGGGUGGUUUAAUUCUCGGCAACUAUCUCGCCCGCCACAGUGACGAAGCGAAAUCGAUCCUGACCGCGGCCACAAUUAUCUCCGUACCGUGGGACGUACACAAGGGUUGUGCCAGUAUUGAGCAGCCCAUACUGAACAAUCUGCUCGGUCGGCAUCUAGCCUCCAGUCUGUGCCGAACGGUGAGCAAGUAUGAUAUACUGCGUGGCGAAGAGUUCGACUGGGACAUGAACCAGGUGCUACAGAGCAAAACCAUCAAACAGUUUGACUCAGCGUUCACGUCGAAACAUUUCGGCUACAAGGAUGUGGACAGCUACUACACGGACGCGACGCUGCACAACAAACUACACCAGAUUAAAGUGCCUUUGCUGUGUCUCAGUGCGGCGGACGAUCCGUUCCAGCCGCUCGAAGCGAUCCCGGUGAAGGCGGCCGCCAAUUCGUCCCACGUCGCCAUCCUGAUAACGGCGCGCGGUGGCCAUAUUGGAUUCCUCGAGGGUUGGUGGCCCGCCAACAAGGACCAGUACAUGGGCCGGCUGUUUGGUCAAUACUUUUCCGCUGCCCUGUUCGAUCCGGACAAUGAGUUUUAUCGCACCGCUCAGCUAAUGAUGGAGCACAACCUGACCACGUCCACGUCGGUGCCGGGAACGCCGACAAACAAACCGUCUCUGGCUGCUGCCAGUGCCAUACGGAAAAAGUCCAUCCCGUUUUAA